GAGGUGAAGCUUUGUGCCAAUUGUUAGCUUUAAGCAGAAGGCUGGGAGAGAGAGAGGAGAAGUUACUCAUUUGCCCGAUUCCACACGGUGAGUCCAGGGGAGGGAAUCAAGUGUACAGCCAGCCUGACAAGCAGUGCAGGGAAGCACGGCGCCUGCCAGCAGGACAGGACAGGACAGGAAGGGGCAGGGGCUACCGGGCUGCCUCUGAGCAUGGUCAUGGGUUCCAGCCGAAUUACUCUAAAGAUCAAGCAUUCUGCCUUCUAUUUCCUAUGAUGGCCAGAGUUUCCUGUGCUAAGAGGAAACAGAGCAUUUCACUCAGAGGCGACUCUGCACUGGGUGAGGUGCAGCCUGUCACCUGACCAGCUCUGGAGCUGCCAGUGGCAUCAGGCUGCAUUCCUUGAAUUCUUCACCCAGCACUACCGCCACCGCAAUGAACAACUUCAGGUUCACUGAGCUGAGGGGAUUCCAUCUGCUGUGCCCUCGGAGUCCGCUGCCCGAGUCUCGCGCCCAGGCUCAAAACCUAUAGCUGAGUAACAGCAAGCUGCCUGCCUUUGAGGAGUAGCACGCAGAGAGUGUCAAAGAAGACCUCAAAUUCUGGAGAAAAAUGACCUUUCAAGGACUACAAAGUAUAUACUUCCUGCUGCAUGUUUCUGUCUUACUAACCUGUGAUAACUGAAACACGUGGUCCUGGGGCUGCCGAAGGUCAAUUGCUUAUCAAAUUUCCCAUCAUGCAUCAGCUGUUCAGACUGGUUUUAGGACAAAAAGAUCUUUCCCGCGCCGGGGACCUCUUCUCUUUAGAUGACUCUGAGAUUGAAGACAGCCUGACAGAAGCUCUGGAACAAAUUAAAAUGAUUAGCUCAUCUUCCGAUUACCAAACCAAUAACAAUGACCAGGCAGUGGUUGAAAUCUGUAUCACGCGAAUCACAACAGCCAUCAGAGAGACAGAGUCCAUUGAAAAGCAUGCCAAGGCCCUUGUGGGGCUCUGGGACUCCUGCUUGGAACACAACCUGAGACCCUCUGGGAAAGACGAAGACACUCCGCAUGCAAAAAUUGCUUCUGAUAUCAUGAGUUGCAUUUUACAGAAUUACAACCGGCCCCCUGUGAUGGCGUUAGCCAUCCCCAUAGCAGUGAAAUUCCUCCACAGAGGCAACAAGGAACUGUGCAGGAAUAUGUCCAACUACCUGUCCCUGGCUGCAAUCACCAAGGCAGAUCUUCUGGCUGAUCACACAGACGUUAUAGUAAAGAGCAUACUCCAAGGUAAUGCCAUGUUGUUGAGGGUGUUACCUGCUGUGUAUGAAAAGCAGCCUCAGCCAAUUAACAGACACCUGACAGAACUCCUGGCCUUGAUGUCUCAGCUGGAACAACCAGAACAGUACCAUCUUCUACGGCUUUUACAUGUAGCUGCAAAGAGAAAGCAACCAGAGGUGGUUCAGAAGUGUAUUCCUUUCCUAAUCAGGCAUUUGAAAGACUCAACCCAUAAUGAUGUCAUCCUAAACAUCCUCAUAGAGAUAGCAGGCUAUGAACCUGUGGCUUUGAACAGUUUUCUUCCAAUGCUGAAAGAGAUUGGUGAGAGAUUCCCCUACCUCAUCGGACAAAUGGCGAGAAUCUAUGGAGCUGUGGGGCAUGUGGAUGAAGAGAGAGCCAGGAGCUGCCUGCCAUUCCUGGUGAGUCAGCUGGCCAACAUGGAACAUUCGUUUCAUCAUAUUCUCCUGCUGGAGAUUAAGAGCAUCACUGAUGCUUUCUCCUCCAUCCUGGGCCCUCAGAGCAGAGAUAUCUUCCGCAUGAGCAACAGCUUCACUGCCAUUGCCAAGCUUCUUACCCAACAACUGGAAACUACCAAGGCCAGAAGCAGCAGGAGAAAACCCAGCAAUGAAAUUGAAUUCCCUGAGAAGCUGGAAGAAAUCAAGUUCACUGUAGCUGAAGAUGAAGACCAUGAAAAGCUCCAAGUUAAAAUACAGGCUUUUGAAGACAAAAUAAAUGCUGAGAGCAAUACUCCUAGCUCUAUAAGAAGAUAUAGUUUGGGCCACUUUUCUAAGGAAGAAAGAAAAGACAUUAGAUUUAACAGGUCAAAGAGUUUGGCUUUGCACACUGUGCUAACAAAGAGCAUGAGUUCAGAUGAUGGGGAAAUUGUAGAGAGUGGAGAUAUGCCAGCUAGGAUCAUUCUUUCAGAAACAGAUCCACUUAGCCAAGGAAACGACAAGUUGCCCUUUAAGGCAAACUCUGACAGAUCACAGCUGAGAAAUUCUUCAGUUUCACACCCAAGUAUUAUACAUACAGAAUCAGAGAAUUUGCCAGAAACAGUUAAAGAAAACUGCCAGGAGGAAACUCCAGAAACAACUGCAAGUCCUGUAGAAUACCAAGAUAAGCUCUACUUGCACUUAAAGGAAAAUUUCUGUAAAGUAAAGGCAUACGCUGUGGAAAUCGGAAAGAAGAUUCCAAUCCCUGAUCAGUGUACCAUUGAAGAUUCUGUUAGAAGUUGUGUAGCAAAGUUGUUCUUUACCUGCUCCCUGAAGGGUCAUUACUGCCUCUACAGUAAAUCCAGUUUUAUUCUCAUCAGCCAAGAGCCUCAGCCAUGGAUCCAGAUCAUGUUCCUCUUUCAGCAGAGCCUGUUUCCUGAGCCACUGUCUAUACAGAGUCAUUCUGUACAAUUCCUCAGAGAUCUGUGGGAGAAGACCCAGGCAGAUGGUGCUCACAGCUUUGAAACAGCCAUGAUGGAGUCCACAUUUCCACAGCAGAAGGAUCUGGACCAGGUACAGCUCCAUCUGGAAGAAGUGAGGUUCUUUGAUGUAUUUGGCUUCAGCGAAGCAGCAGGAGCAUGGCAAUGCUUCAUGUGCAACAACCCCGAGAAAGCGACCGUUGUAAACCAAGAUGGCCAGCCUCUCAUAGAAGGAAAACUUAAAGAGAAGCAAGUCAGAUGGAAGUUCAUCAAAAGGUGGAAAACUCGUUAUUUUACGCUGGCCGGAAAUCAACUUCUGUUUCAAAAAGGAAAGUCUAAAGAUGAUCCUGAUGACUCCCCAAUAGAACUCAGCAAAGUACAGAGUGUGAAAGUUGUGGCCAGGAAACGCAGGGACCGCUCCCUCCCUCGGGCUUUUGAAAUCUUCACAGACAAUAAAACCUAUGUUUUCAAGGCCAAGGAUGAGAAGAAUGCAGAAGAGUGGCUCCAGUGCAUCAAUGUGGCUGUUGCCCAAGCAAAAGAAAGGGAAAGUAGAGAAGUAACCACAUAUCUGUAGGGAUUUGCAAGCCAACCUCACACUGAUUGUAUACAAUGGGCAUUGCAUUAUCACUGCCAAUGUCAAGAAAAAAGAGAUAAAUUAGCCAAGUCACAUUGUGUUUUUACUGAAUGGAACAGUUUUCCCUAAGAAGCAGAACCCAAAAGUGGCAGGAUUUUUAUACAUUUCGUAUUCUAAUGGCACCUGCAUUAACUCCAGAACAUCUGUAUGAUGCAUUCAGGAAAAGGAGCUACAGAUGAUACAUGGAAGAAAGGGGAGAGUCAGGGAUCUAGGAACCCCUGUAGAUAUGCCAUUGUAAGUUGUAAGAAUACAACUUCACAAGGUACCUGAAAUACUUAUCCCAAGGAAAGAUUAAGCACCUCUGAUGAAAACUAUAGUCUGUCAAAGUAUUAGAAGAAAAGUAAAGCCCUAUGAGGAAAAGUCAAACAUAUAACUUAAUAUAGACAUACAAUUAUGUUUAUUCUUUCCUAAUGCAAAUGAGGCUAACACAUGGUAAAAUUGUUCUCAAGUGAAGACAGUUAUGUAAUUAAAUGUCUGUCUUUCCGAACAACUUAUCUGAUUAUUCUGUUUAGGUUCACAUAACAUGAUCUAAAGUUUAGGUACUUAGAUAUAUCUAUUGCCCAAGGCAGUAAGUGUAAGCUACAACAAGCACAGAAAACCAUUUUCACCAUCUUCAAAGUAUGUGCCAUUUCCAUCAAGUUUUGAGAUGUUACAGUUCUAUACUUUUCUUCUUUAUAUUCAGUCGUUUAAUAUCUCCAAAUUACAUUUUAUGGUUUUUUCCAUCACUCAUAUGAAAAAAAAAAAUUAAGCUGUGGCAGGCAGAAUUAUAGGAUGAUUCCCAAUGGUCUAUACCCUGACCCUUCCCCUUGACUUAUAACUUGCUUCUAACUAAUAGAAUAUGGCAAAAAGAAUAGGAUAGUCUCUCCCAUGACUAUGGUACAUUACGUGGCAAAGGUGAAGAAGUUUCUUAAUCAACUGACUUUGAGUCAGUCAAAAGGAUAUGCACAAAAGUGUGCAUGAUCUAAUCACAUGAACCCUUUAAAAAAGAGUGAACAAGUCAGAGACUCUCUCUUCCACUGGCUUUGAAUAAGCAAACUGCAAUGAAUUCUACAACUUUAAGGGAAUGGAUUUUGCCAACAACCAAUGAGCUUGGAAGAAGAUCCCAGCCCCAGCCAACACCUUGACUACAGCUUUGCAAAACCCUGAGCAGAGGACCUGGGUAAGCCAUGCUUGGACAUAUGACCCAGGAGAACUUUGAGAUAAUAAAUAUAUGCUGUUUUAAGUGA